AUGUGUCAAUCACAAGGCCAUGGUUGUGCUCGACUAGCUAUUCGAUUGGACAAAGAACCUUUAUCACUAAGCCUUCUUCGAAAUGAUCACUCAAAAUUGGCAAGCAAUGAAUGGACAUUGCUUUCGAAUUGUCUUCAUACAUUUGAUGAGCGAAAUGCUCCUAUAAGAAUUCAGUAUUGUAUUAAUGAAUUUUCUUCAUUACCACCAAAAUUACGUAUGAAACCAUCGGAAGUCGCAAAUCUUAUUCGUGCACUGUAUUCAGGUGUGGGAGCAAUGGUCGAACAGUCACCAGACUUCUAUUCUUUAUCAGGUGAUACUCGUCAAAUUCUCACUAAACAUAAUUUGUACAUCAGUGGCGUGAUGAAUUCUUUUUUUCUAUCUCGUGAACUGAAUAUAUUUGAUAAUUUGUCUGUUCUCAAUGUGUGCAAUCACAUGUAUGGGUCUGAAUAUGUACUGAAACUCCGUGGAAAUGUUGCACGAUAUGAUUCAAAUGGAAGUCUUAUUAAAAUUUUGAUAUUCAUAUUAACGUUUUCAAGUAAUAUCUCGAUUGUUCAAUAUGACAAUGAAGAACAUAUUUCAAUUAUGUCAAACUCAAUCAAUCUUGUUCGUAUUCAGAAUAUAUAUGUUACAAUGUUAUGGAAAUAUUUAGUUUAUCUCUAUGGUUUUAAUGAAGCAGUACUUCGAUUUACUUCGCUUGUAAAGAAUGUUUUAGAUCUACUUAGCUUCUUAAACUCGGUUCCUGAGGAUGAAGCUCGUCAACGUAUGAUGAAUAAAAUUGUAACAGAAACUGAACGUACAUUGGUGAUUACUGACUGA